AUGAGACUCACACAAACCAUUUUAAUUGAAGCAGACUCAUUCAUAUCUCCCCUCAAGAAACGGACUCUUUCUCUACGAAACCUUGAAUUGACGUCCUUGGAUGCGAUUGGUAUUCUAGAAUCAUCGGAUAUCAACUCUGUUAUUGAUAUUUCCCAAAAUCACCUUUCUAAUAUUCCUGCUUUUCCACGCUUGCUUCGGUUGGAUACACUAAUCCUGAGCGGUAACCAUAUUCGAACAAUUUCGGGUUUAACGACACUUGUAAAUUUGGAGGUACUCUCAGUUACUUUCAAUGAAAUAUUGUAUCUAUCAGAUCUUGAAGAACUUACUGAAAUUAAAAAUCUACGUGCACUAUAUUUAACGGGCAAUCCUGUUACCAAGAAUAAGCAUUACAGGAGCUGGUGUAUUUGGAGGUUUCCUACAUUACAAGUUCUGGACUUUGAAAGGGUGAAGGAAAGUGAAAGAUCACAUGCCAAAAGUACGUAUGACGAAAAUAGCGAUUUGGUCAAUUCCGUUCUUUCUGUUCGUUCACAUGGUAAGGUGACGCCAAAACAAGAGAGUGCUGAAGUAGCAGGGUUAACAGAGGAUGAUCGUAAGAAACUUGAAAACGAUUUGGAGGCUGCUGAUUCGUUGGAAGAAAUCCAAAGAAUAGAGGAGAUACUUCUUCGUGGGCAUUUUUAG